CAACCUCCUAAAACCCCCACUACGCCUCGACGCCCAAAUCCUCUCCAAAACCCUAAUUCAUACUCCGUCUCCCUCUUCAUCGCCUCUCUGCUUCCUCUCUCUCUCUAACCGGUGCUUCAAUGGCGACACAAUCGUUGGACGAAGCCACCGCCAAGGAAGUCCUCCGACAGGUGGAGUUUUACUUCAGUGACAGCAAUCUGCCGCGGGACAAGUUCUUAUCCAGCACUGUUGCAUCCUGCGAAGAUGGCUUGGUAAGCCUGGCUCUGAUAUGCUCAUUCAAGAAAAUGAAGGGUUACUUGAAGCUGCAAGAGGCCAAUCAGGACGAAAUUCCAGAGGAUACUUUGAAGGCAGUUGCUGAUACUCUUGCAAAGUCUACUUCUCUUAAACUCUCUGAAGAUGGUAAAAGAGUUGGUAGGAUUGGUCCUCUAAUGAAAACAGAAGAGUUAGUGGAACAAUUGGAUGGAAGAACGAUUGCUGUAUCACCGUUGCCUUAUGAUGUGAAUCGUGAUGCAUUGAGGACAUUCUUCAGUCAAUAUGGCCAGGUGACUAGUCUGAGGCUGCCUAACCAUCUAGCUAGCAAAAAGGUAUUGUGUGGCACUGCUUUGGUUGAGUUUUCGACUGAUGAAGAGGCUGACAAGGUCUUAGGUCAACGUUUGGAAUUUGAAGGUGUACAGCUAGAACUGAAACCAAAGAAGGAAUUUGAUGAAGAAAGGCAGAGUAAAUUAGCAGAACUGAGAGCUUCCAAUCCCCGGUGGAAUUCUGACAACAACAACAACAACUCAAGCCCACAUGAAGAGUACACAAAGGGCCUGAUCGUUGCUUUUAAACUGAAAAGCAUAUCAACGGGAGAUGAGACAAAGCAGAAUGGUAACCAGGAAUCUGUUAAAGAUGGCGAGCCUGUCUCUAAAGCAGCUGACGAAAUGCCUACAACUUCCGUCGAGAAAACUACUGAAGAAGCUCAGGGGAAGUCUUCAGAAGAUGAUGCUGAUAAUAACAAGGAAGAAGGUGCUGCUAUGGAUACUGAGAAGGUUGAUAAUGAAAAUGUCUCUGGAAACGAAGAAACAAAGAAUGAGGAGGAGGAAGAGUCGAAUAAAGAUUCUGUUGAGAAGGAUGUGAAACAGGGCAACAGAUUUGACCUUGCUGCAUGCAAGAACGACAAGAACGUCAUGUUGCGUGAGGAUCUCAAAGCUGCCUUCUCUAAAUUUGGCGCUAUUAAGUUUAUUGAUUUUAAAAUUGGAGAGGAUUCGGGAUAUUUGAGAUUCGAGAAACCCGAAGCAGGUCAGAAGGCUCGUGCUGCUGCAAUCUUGGCAGAGGAGGGAGGGCUGAUUGUUAAAAACUUUGUUGUCUCUUUAGAACCAGUAUACGGUGAUAAGGAAGCAGAGUAUUGGGCUCAGGUCCGAGCCAAUCAAGACAACCGCAGGGUUAGUUUCAGCAACCGAGGAGGAAGGGGAGGCAGAUUCCACCGUGGUGGUAAGCAUCCUCGUUCGAGGGAUAACAAUUUGGGAAGAGGUGGUCGUAACAAGUUCCAAAAGGUUGGAGCCUGAGUUUGAAUCUUAGGCAAAACUAGCAAUGCCUCUUUAUGAUCUCUGUCCCCUAUGCUGUUGUCUGAUGGUAGUGGGCGUGUGGGGAUUGAACUUUUUGCUUUGUAAACUUGGUGAAGUUAUUCGGAGAGAAAUUUUGCCUUUAUCAGCCUUUAUAAUGCAUGGUAUUAUUUGAAGUUUAUUGCCGGCCACAAUUUCCUUCUCUGUGAUGGAUGUGCUAUUGACUACUAUUGCCUGUGUAGUUGUGAAUGUCAGAUUUAUUAUAACCAUAGGUUCGUCAUAAAAUGUUCUCAGUCGAGUACUAUUUGGAAAUGGGUUUAUAAUAGUGCAGGAAAACUAUUAUGGGAGAGUUUUGGGAUGAUUUAAGAGUGGUAGAUGGAUGUUUGUCAAUCUGCAUACGAAUAUGAUGUUGACUCUUGAGCUCUUCUGUCCCCCAACUCCUCCCAUGGUGGUUUUUGUCGCUUGAUUUUAUUUUCUUCUUGAGCUUCUUGGGUUUUGACCCUUGUCCCAUAGAACAUCUCGUAAAAUUGAAAUUUAGGUUUGGUCAAUUGGUUUGAAUUCAGAGUUCUAUAUUUCAACGAUUUGAAUGCACAAUAAUGUCGCUCUUUACACUCCUGCAAGACUAAGCUUCUUUGAGUGUAUUUCCAAAUAUUUCAUGUAUUUUAGAUUACAAAAUUGUUCUAAUAAUUUGAGCUUAUAUGUGUAAUUUCAAAAUAGACUUUACAUCGAAAGUGUUGACGAAAAAUUGUAUAUUUACAUUUUUAUCACUUCCAAAUAUUCAAAACUAAAAAAUGCGUUAGUGUUUACUAUGUGGUAUAAAAAAAAAAUGGACAACUAUAAUAUCCAUUGGUCCGACUAGAUUUUGAAGUCCUCUCAUCUUAAUGGUCAAUAAUAUUAGUGUUCAGUGCGCCCUAAUCCGCUAGAUGGUCUUCUUGUGGAGGAUCAUUAACCAUUGUGAGUUAGGGUUUGUUUAAGUACAUCCAUUAAUCAUGCAAGAUUCUUUCAAUAUCUUCAUCGCGCGAAGUUCUUUUAAUCUUUUGAUUAAACCCGCCGCACUUUUUUUAUUAUAUAUAAGCGUUGGUAUAGGUUUUAAGGUUUAGUUUGAAUGUUAGGUGUUACUGAAGGAAUUUGAAUUUUAGAUUUUCACGUCAAAGACCAUCGAGUUAAUCGCUAGACCAACCCCUUGAUUAAACUCAGCCGUCACCAUACUUUAUAUCAGAUUUAUUUACAUAUUAAAUAAUAUUAUUAUUCAGGAAAAAUAAAAUAAAAAUAUCCGUCUUCUAGCUCUCCCGUUGACAUUGGUCUCUUUAAAUGAAAAAUCUAAUUCACU